GUAUGUGGCAUGUGAAGUACAGUAAUAAAUGGAAGUAAAAACACUCAAACUAUCCCGGAACAUCACCUGACUGUUCCAUUAAGACGUGAGGUGUGGGGGGGCGAGUGCAGUUUAUUAGCUGUUGGUUCAUACACGGCCGUAAAACAGACCACAUUACAGCAGACCAACGUAUUAAAAAAGAGGAAUAAAUAAAUAAGGAAGACAUGCAGAAUGUUAUUCCUUCCUUUUAAAGGAAGGAAUGUCACUUUAAUGGUGGCCAGUGAAGUUGUAAGAUGGUCGAGUGUAAGACUCCACCCUUGGAAUUUGGGUCCAGUCCUCCCUGCUUCUGACCUAUUGGACUCAUAAAAUAGUUGUCAAAAUAUAAAUCUAAUUCAUUGGUUUAACUUGGAUUGCCAGAGAUAAAACCAGCUUAUUGCAAAGCAAUGUAAGGGGCUCACUUCUUGCUCUGACAUGGUUAAAAACAUUAUUACUUAGUAUGCAGCAUGCUUCUCAAGCACUCCUGUUUUCACUUCCUGUUGUCCCAACAUUUGGGGACACUGGACAAGCAUAGUGCAAGGGCAUCAUUAGACACGAGUGCUCUAUGGUCAUGGCAUUAGCACCCUGUAGAGAGCACUGAAACAGUGUGUCUGCAAGGUCUACCGUUGGUGGGCCAGCCUACUUAAUUGGCAGGCAGCUUGGCAGGUUUGUAGGCACAGGCCUAUUCAGAUGAUGACAACCCCAUGAAUCUGAUGUGCACAGAAUAAACAGGAGAAAUAAAAUAAAAAUCCCAUGUGGGAACAGAACUCACAAUGUUUCCAUUACAAGCACAGUGUUCUACCUGUAGACCUGCAGUCAGCAACCUAUGACCUGUACUUACUGCACAGCUUCCCUGCUGGCUCUAUAGCAGCGGUAGCAAAAUUGUGUGCCACAGCGCCCUGGGAAGCCGCAAGAUAUUUUCCCAGUGCUAUGAUGAUAGCACCAGGAACCAUGCCUCCCUCUCCCCGGCAGGCUCUAGAGGACCGGAGGGUAGAUCAAAGAUCUCCCUUUCCGGCCAGCUCGCAGUGUACUGCUGGCAGGGGUAGCUCUAACUUGCAGCUAUGCCAGGUUCUACUCUCGCGAGUUUGUUGCAUUGCCGCAGUUACUACGGCAACACUGUACCCACACAAAUUAUAUCCAAUUUUUCCUCACAAUUAUUUUUAUCAUAUCAGAUUCCAGCGCUCAAAUUUGCCGGAUGUAUCAGGUGCGUCUGAGGUCAUUAAUGACCUUUUUUUGUUGGACGUACCUGAUACGUCCGCGGUCACUAGGUUGACAUUGGAUUGGCUGAAAGUGACAGAAGGCCGCUCUUAGCCAAUGAAAGUUGCACAGAAUUAACAUUAGCAUGGUUAAUGACACUCCUAUGACUCUGCUAGAGUAAUACCUCCAGCUACUAAGGGGUUAAUCUCUGUAUGUACAGAGUUUCAAAAUGAAAAACAGUGCACAUACAGACUCCAGGCACCAUAACCACUUCAGUAGACAUGGUGUUUGGAGCAAUCCUUUACAACGUGACUGGUCAAGAAUGUAAAGGGUAUCUGUGUGUUAGGAAUGCAGAUUUGUAUCACUGUAGUGCCCUCUUAUCUUCCCUAUCUAGCUAAUAAAGGGUUAAACAAUCGCCUCAAUGGUUUCCUAUGGGAUUUCACGGUCAUUGGAUUUCCUCAUGCAGAGCGUGAGGACGUCUGUUGUCAUUUAGGGGACCUAGGGUCCAAUGUCCUCUGUACUGCCUCUAAUCUCUCCAAUAUUCAUUUUCCUCUAUCGGACCACCAUCUGCUGACUUUUGACAUAAGACCCAAUUGACACCACUGUCUGAACAUCACUCUCACAGAAACCUCCAAUGUCUUGGCCUAGAGCAUUUCUCCACUAAUCUCCAAACUCUCCUUUUACCUAUCUCAAAAAAAAAAUCAUUAAAAAUCCACUUCUUCAUAAUAGCAUAUCAAUUAAACUGUUACUAGCUCCUGACUGAUUCCUCUUCUGCAACUGUCACUAGUUAAUACUGUGUCACUUUACCCCAUUCCCUCUAGCAUGUAAGCUCAUUGAGCAGUGCCCUCAACCCCUCUGUUCCUGUGUGUCCAACUUGUCUGGUUACAACUACAUGUCUGUUCAUCCACCCAUUGUAAAGCGCUACGGAAUUUGAUGGCGCUCUAUAAAUAUCAAUAAUAAUAAACUCCUGGAAGCGCCUCUAGUGGUUGUCUGGAAGUUUACAUUGCAGGACUAGGGGUGACAGGGACACUGCGCCCAGACCACUACAAUGAGCGGAAGUGGUCUAGGUGCUCAUGGUGUCAGUUUAACGUGAAUUUCAUUUUUUUUUAGGCCACAAUAGCUAAACUUAAACCAUAGGGGGACUUUAAUUCAUAUUGCUACGUUCCAUUCUCUUUAAUGAUUUAAAACCCUAUUUCAGCAUAGAAAAUGUCAAAUCAUUACCAUUGCUGUGCUAAAACAGAACUCAUUAAGUCACUUAUUAAUGAAAAACAUAUUCCAGGGUAAAAUUAUUGCAAAGAUUUACAAAAUGGAAAUAUCCAGCAUGCAAAGAAUGUAAAAUCUGGAUGUAGUUUAAUUAUUUGCAGUAACUGUGCAGUGACAACAGUCGAAAGCUUGUGGUGAGAGAACCUGGUUAGCCAAGACCAGCUGAGAGAGAGCCGGGGCCAGCUCAGUGAGCUUUAAAAGGAGAGAGGAAAUUAUAUGAAUGACAGUUCACAGAGCUUGAUCCCAGGUGAAAGAGAUCUGCAGGGAGCUCUGUGUCAGUCAGUAUCAGUCCAAGGAGCUUUGUACGAGGGAGCUCCAUUUCGGUCAGUCCCAGCUGAGGGAGCUCUGUGUCGGUCAGGGAGCUCAGUCCCAGGUCAGGGAGCUCUGUGUCGGUCAGAGAGCUCAGUGGUCGGUCAGGGAGCUCUGUACCAGGAGAUGGAGCCCAGUCCCAGCUGAGGGAGCUCUGUGUCGGUCAGGGAGCUCAGUCCCAGUUCAGGGAGCUCUGUGUCGGUCAGAGAGCUCAGUGGUCGGUCAGGGAGCUCUGUACCCAGAGAUGGAGCCCAGUCCCAGCUGAGGGAGCUCUGUGGUCGGUCAGGGAGGUCAGUCCCAGUUCAUUGAGCUCUGUACCCAGAGAUGGAGCUCAGUCCCAGUUCAGUGAGCUCUGUGGUCGGUCAGGGAGCUCAGUCCCAAGAGAUGGAGCUCCGUGUCAGUCAGUCCCAGUUCGGGGAGCUCCGUGGUCGGUUAGUCCCAGGAGAUGGAGCUCUGUGGUCGGUCAGUCCCAGUUCGGGGAGGUACGUAGCAGGGAGCCCACAUACAGUGCCGAGAUCCCUGUGGUCGGUCAGUCCCAGGAGAUGGAGCUCUGUGGUCGGUCAGUCCCAGGAGAUGGAGCUCUGUGGUCUGUCAGUCCCAGGAGAUGAAGCUCUGUGGUCGGUCAGUCCCAGUUCGGGGAGCUCCGUCCCAGUUCGGGGAGCUCCGUUGUCGGUCCGUCCCAGUUCGGGGAGCUCAGUCCCAGUUCGGGGAGCUCCGUGGUCGGUCCGUCCCAGUUCGGGGAGCUCUGUGGUCGGUCGGGGAGCUCAGUGGUCGGUCGGGGAGCUCAGUGGUCGGUCGGGGAGCUCAGUCCCAGUUCGGGGAGCUCUGUGUCGGUCAGAGAGCUCAGUGGUCGGUCAGGGAGCUCUGUACCCAGAGAUGGAGCCCAGUCCCAGCUGAGGGAGCUCUGUGGUCGGUCAGGGAGGUCAGUCCCAGUUCAUUGAGCUCUGUACCCAGAGAUGGAGCUCAGUCCCAGUUCAGUGAGCUCUGUGGUCGGUCAGGGAGCUCAGUCCCAAGAGAUGGAGCUCCGUGUCAGUCAGUCCCAGUUCGGGGAGCUCCGUGGUCGGUUAGUCCCAGGAGAUGGAGCUCUGUGGUCGGUCAGUCCCAGUUCGGGGAGGUACGUAGCAGGGAGCCCACAUACAGUGCCGAGAUCCCUGUGGUCGGUCAGUCCCAGGAGAUGGAGCUCUGUGGUCGGUCAGUCCCAGGUGAAGCUCUGUGGUCGGUCAGUCCCAGUUCGGGGAGCUCCGUCCCAGUUCGGGGAGCUCCGUUGUCGGUCCGUCCCAGUUCGGGGAGCUCCGUGGUCGGUCCGUCCCAGUUCGGGGAGCUCUGUGGUCGGUCGGGGAGCUCUGUGGUCGGUCGGGGAGCUCAGUCCCAGUUCGGGGAGCUCAGUCCCAGUUCGGGGAGCUCUGUGGUCGCUCAGUCCCAGUUCGGGGAGCUCCGCAGCAGGGAGCCCACAUACAGUGCCGAGAUCCCGGGCAGCAGGCCGGCGCUGACCCGCAGCAUGUUGACCAGUCUCUGGGCCGCACAGUCCAUGUCCUCGGGCCGGUCGAGCUGCACGAAGAGCAGGGGGCUCCGGUGGGUGUCCGCCAGCUCCCGGACGGCCGAUCUCUCCACCGCGAGCGGCCGGGCGGCGGCGGCCAGGGCCAGGAAGCAGAGCUUGCCCAGGAAGUAGUGCGGGUCCAGGCGGGGGAGCGAGGCCCGGGCGGCGGACAGGCUGGCCGGGCUGUGCAGGCUGACCAGCACGAGGACCAGGUCGAAGCGCGGCCGGCGGUGCUCCCCCUCGGGCGGCAGGGGCAGGCCGGGCGCCAUGUGGAUCUGCACCUGGAAGGGUCUGGGCGCCCGGAGCAGGGCCCGCGCCAGCCGCUCCCGGCAGCUCUCCUCGGAGCCCAGCAGCAGCACGCCGGCCGUGUUCAGCAGGGGCAGCUUGUCACAAGGCCGCAGCUCGCUCAUAAUGCGCUCCUAGCGGGGAUCGAGCGAUUCACUAAUAUCGCACUGCCGCCAUCUUAUUAUACCGCGCUCAGCGAGUCUGGAGAGCGGGAACCGCCGGACUGCAACUCCUAUCACUCACACCUACCCCCACCGGGCUUCACAGCCGGACUGCAACUCCUAUCACUCAUAGACUGUGCCUGCUGCAACGCCUAUCACUCAUAGACUGUGCCCAGCAACUCCUAUCACUCAUAGCCUGUGCCCACAGCAACUCCUAUCACUUUCAGACUGUGUCCAUAUCAACUUCUAUCACUCAGACCAGGCCCAUAGCAACUCCUAUCACUCCAAGGCAAUCUGAGUAACGUGCACAACGCCUAGAAUAGCUUACUAACCCUACACCACCUGGCUGGCGAGCACUGUGGGAGUUAAAGUUCUACACAAGCUGGAGACCUAUUCUUUGGUCACUGCAGAGAUACAUGAUAAGGAAUACAACUCCC